UAAGUAGACAUUUAAAAUGGCUAAGGCAAGGGUUAAGGUUAGGGCAAGAGUAGGGGGUUAAGAUUGGGGUUGUCGCUAGGUACAGCCCAAUGAUUCCGGGUAGCACUGACUGUGUCAGGAAUCCAUGUGCAACGUUGCGAUUUUCUCUCGUGCAUUGACGUUUGAAGCGCGUAGUUACCGUGAGAAAUAGCCCAAUAGGCUGAAGUCUCCAAUAUGUCGCCAAUAUGUGUUAUUCAUGAGACAGAGGAGGCACGUGGUGUGUGGGUGUUGGAGAGCUUCGGGAAAUGGUCGACCACUGAAUUUGACUGUUUCGAAGUGAAACCAUUUCGCCGUUGCUCCAGGCUCAUUCCUCAGAGAUGGAUCAUCACAGUGGUUCAGGGCUGACUCACUCCGCGCUUGAGUUAUAAGCCUCCAGAACACACGGAAGAAAACCAGUAGAGUAAAGUUUUGGGAGAGUAACAGAUAACGAUGAACGACAAAAACAUUUUUUCCCUAAAUAAUGUUUAAUAAGUAUAUAUUUUUUAUAAGUAAUUAAGACAAGAGCGUCCUGCAAAGUGUGUUACGGACCUCAUAUUUGCUUGAUUUUCGUAACGGUUACAGCAGUUUUUCCUGCAUAGAAGUUUUGCGAAAUGGGUUUCCUUCUGCAGCUGACGGUGCUCAUGGUGCUAGUGCUGUGCGUAAUGACCGGAGUGAUGGACAGAAGGAUGGAGGCGACUGAAGCAACGGCAUACCUGAAGAAGUAUGGCUAUCUGCACACUCCGCUGGAUCCUCAGAACAUGGGCAUCCAGACAGACAAUAUCAUUGAGGCCCUCAGGGUCUUCCAGAGAGUGACAGGCCUGCCUGUCAAUGGAGUGAUUGACAAGGCCACCCUAGAGAUGAUGAGACAGCCUCGCUGUGGCAUAGAGGACACCUUCAACCAGAAAACCCUAAAAUACAGACUGCUGGGUUACUGGCGCAAGAGAAACCUGACCUGGCGAAUCUACAACUACACUCCAGACAUGCCAAAGAGUGAGACAAAGAGGGCGAUCCGCUCUGCCUUUAAGUACUGGAGCGACGUGGCUCCCCUGAGCUUCCGCGAGGUUGAGUAUGGACGAGCUGACAUCAGGAUCUCAUUCCAUGCGAAAGAUGCCACUUGUGCCGUGCCUUUUGAUGGACGGGGUCAUGUGCUGGCCCAUGCUGAACCCCCAGAGUCAGGCAUUGUUCAUUUUGACGAGGAUGAGUUUUGGACAGAGGGCAAGUUCUAUGGCAUUAACCUGCGUAUCAUCGCUGCCCAUGAGAUAGGCCAUGCCUUGGGCUUGGGCCACUCCCAGUACAGAAGUGCUCUCAUGGCCCCUCUCUACACCGGGUACCGUAACAACUUCCGUCUGCAUUUCGAUGACGUGAAAGGCAUCCAGGCUAUAUAUGGUAAACGUGAUACAAGUGUUACAAUUGAGCCCACGGUGGCACUCCCCACAUACAGCCCCCCUGGUGCUGAGGGAGACAUCCCAGACCCCUGCACUGCCAAGCUGGAUGCCAUCAUGCUGGGUCCUUGGAGGAAGACAUUUGCCUUCAGUGGUGAUUAUGUGUGGACGGUGUCUGACAUGGGACACAAUGCACCCAUGAAGAUCAACCGGCUGUGGACGGGACUACCCGGGAACCUGAACGCAGCCGUUUACUCUCAGAGAACAAACAAGACAUACUUUUUUAAAGGUGAUAAAGUGUGGAGAUACACCAGUUUUCUCCUGGACUACGGGUACCCCAAAGAGCUCAAACGCCUCCCACCUAAUAUUGAUGCCGCUUUGUACUUAGAGAAGAAUAAGAAGCUAGUCUUUUUCAAGGGUACAGGGUACUGGCAGUGGGAUGAGCUGCGCCACAGUAACCUCAACGUGUACCCCAAACCCCUCUCUAAUCUGUUCACUGGGGUGCCCUCCAACCCUGAUGCUGCCUUUACCUGGACCAACGGAAACAUCUUCUUCUUCAAGGGAGACAAGUACUGGCGUGUGAACAGUCUACUGAGUGUAGACAAAGGCUACCCGCUCAGCAUGAGUGAACGCUGGAUGCGCUGCUAGGAGCUAGACACUAGAGGGCAGCAGACACCAUUAACCUCAAUACGCUCCUGGUGAGAUGUGUUCACAAUUAACCGUUCAGGGAACCACACAACAACAACCGCUCUGUGAUCACAUUGUGUUCACAUUGUGAAACCAAUAUAAUAACAUAUUUCCAUGUACCAGUACAUGUUAUCAGUCAAGGUACAUUAAACUGAAAUGUUAUGUCAAACGAAUUCUUCGAAACGUGAGAUAGAAUCUUUAUUAACGUAAGUAGUGGCAAAGCCAUUUGAAGUAAGACUACGUGCUUAUAUAAGGUUGAGUAUUGAGUGUCAUCGUUAUGGCCUACUAGUUCUCUGUUUCCAUGUAACACAGACAGGACCUCAGCCCAAACGUGUUAGACUAAGUUCUGAGGGAGUGUGUGGAGAGGCUGUUUGUUAUGCUCUCUGGGGGGCUUCCAGGGGGGCCCUUCCUAUCCCUCACAACAGAUGUGGAUGGAAUUAUUCAGUUGUUGUUUGCCCUCUUUUCAGUAUGUGUACUGAUUUCAAUGGUGUUCACCCAGCACUUUGAAACUUCUUGUUUUCUUUUGACGUUUGGCUUGUGGACGGGUCUGAAAAAGUAUUUGUGAGUUUCUUGUCGCCAUGUUAUGCGUUUCUAGGGCUAGAGUAUGGAUAUUUUAUCACUUCCCACAUAAAGGGAAGCCGAAUAUCAUUGGUGUUGCGUCAGACUUCCAAGGUCAACACCAGCUUUCACAUCAUGAUGUCUACAUUUUAUAACUGGCUUAUAAUUGUGUACUGAUGUUUCUGUUGAACCUCAUGUUUAUUGAUGUUUUUAUAGUCAUGUGACUCCUACAAGCUAAAGGGAAUUCACAUUUCAUAGUGUGUACCAUUUGGAAAUGUUUAUAUAUGUGUGCAGUGAUUUUUUUGUUGUUGCUGUUAAUUCAUCCCAAGAUGUAGUUGUACAAAUGAGUAAUGACAGUCAACAAUAAAACCAUUUCAACAGUC